CUUAACGGGGCAGGUUGUGCGUGUAGUGGGCGGAGUCGGAUCUUUUACUUCGGCGCUGGGCGUGGUCUGUUUGAAUGGAGGGAACGUUUUCAAAACACAGUGUUUUAAUUUAUGCGUUUGAAAAUAAUUUCUGAGGAAAAUUCAGUUUUUAAUCCAAAAAGCAUUUUUCUUCUAAGGUAAAAUGCGCUGCUCCACAGUCAGUUGGGUAGUUUUCAUCAAUUUAAUGCUAUUCGGCAUGGGCAGCUAUUUCUACAUGGUGUGGCAGUACCGGCAGAGCCCCCCAAAGCAGAGCUUCCCCAACAUUUCCACCUACGACAAUCAAAUCUUCUUAUACAAUCGGGGGUUUCUCCCCAACAAAAAGCCCACUCUUCUAUGGCGCACCAAGCAUGCUUCUCCCAGCAACGUUACUUACGUAAAGCGUUCUAUGCCCAGGUUUCCCAGUUUGCAUAGCCAUCAAGCCCAAUUCGACGGUAAAUUUUACACUUGCUUGAAGAAUGAGAGUGCCGAAGAAUGUCGGAAGAAAACUUCGCAAUUCAAGAAGAAGAUUCUCGUUCAGUUGAGCAAUUCCGUGAUGGAGGAAAGCAAUGUUCUGAAGCAGGGAAAUAGCAAUAAUAGUUACAACGUGCACUAUGCGGGGCCUCGGGAGGACUUCAACGAUAAACCGCCCAAGCAAGUGCUGUGUGAGCUCCUCAGUACGAAGCUGGAAACUUUGAGGAGGGCCGACAUCGCUUCAACCGAGCCUUUGAGGGCUUCGAUGCCGAAGAGGCAUUUUUUUGAGAACAGGAUCUUCAAUAGUUGCGUUGUUGUGGCCAGUUCGGGUGCCUUAAAAGGUUCUAAUAUGGGCAAGUUUAUUG